AUGUAAGAUGAAUAUGAGGAUGGAGAAGGUAACUUCUAGGAUGAUUAGAAUGACGAAGAAUAUGAUCAAUUUAAUUAGAUCGAUUAGAUGGAUCAGAAUUAGUUUGAUAGUUGUAAUAUUAAGCAUUUAAUUGUGUAGCAUCUAGAGAAAAGAAUCAGUAAGACAAGAAUUAUGGAAAUUACGCUGCUGAUCAAUAAAAACAAAUCGAGGAUAAAAUUUCAGAAGAUCUAGAAGAAAAACUCAAAAUGCUUGAUGAGUAUUCCAAAGACAAAAGUGAAGAACAAAUUUUGAAUAUAAGAAUGCAUUAAUUGGCAUUGGCAAAAGUAUAUUGAUUUCUUAAAUAGAUACUUGUAUUCACUCAUGGUAAAGGACAAUUCAAAUUAGUUAAAGCACAUACCAACAUAGGUGAAGCAUAUCUUAAUUAUAAGUGUUAUGAAUAAGCUAUUGAUCAUCUAACAUUGGCAUUAAAAAAGAAUGCCAAACUAUUUAAUGAAGAAUAAGAAAGUAAGAGUUAUAAUUCAAUCAUCCUCACCUUACUUGGAAAAUGUUAUUUAGAAAUCAAUAGUUAUGAAGAAUCUCUAGACUUAUUAAAAAAGGCUUACGAAACUCAAUGUCAAAUCUAUGGAGAUGAAACUGAACACUCCAUCCAAACCUUAACUUUGAUGUCUAAUUGCCACACGUAAACCAUCAUUUCACUAACAUUUCUAGAAAAAUGAAAGAUUUUGAUGCAAGUGAAGAUUGUAUUACCAAAGUCUUUGCUAUCACUGAAGCCAAAUAUGGAUACAAAUCAGAACAAAGUGCAAUAUCAUAUAUUGAAAAGUCAAAAAUCUAUGCAUGCCAAGAAAAUUGGAAAGAUGCCAUUCAAUGUUUGUCUAGUGCUAUUGAUAUGCUCAUAGAAAUUAGCUAUCAGAAGACUGAAUAUGUAGCUGAAUUAUACCAAUAAUUAUCCACCUAUUACGAAAAGAUCCAACAAAUAGAUGAAUAAAUUGCUUGCCUAUCAAAAGUUAAAUAGAUAUACAUUGAAUUGUACACCACUCAAGACAAAAAAGUUAUCAAAAUCAAAAGACAAAUAGCAAUUAUCUAGUUAAAAUAAGAAAAACAUCAGGAUGCCUUGGCUGAACUCUAUGAAACUGAAGAUUUAGAAGUCAAAGUUUAUGGUGAAGGAAGUGUAUAAGUUGCUAAAACUCAAAAGAUUAUUGGUAAUUAAAAUAUUAAUUAUCUAAAGGAACCAUCCUAUUAUUAGUUUAAGAAUUUAGAGAUGCCUUGAAUUACUUCUAGAAAAGCUUAAAGACAUUUGAGGAGAAUGGUAUGAAGAAAGCAGUGGCUGAAGUAAAGCAGAAGAUCAAAUGCGCGAAGGAAAUGAAGGAGAAAGGCAAAACACAAUUUAAUCUUAAAGACAGGUAGAAUAUUAUGCAAGAAUAUUGA